UACUGAGAUUCUCAUCGGUGAGCUUCAUCCAAAGCCUGUUCCUCCGCUCCGACACUGGAUCGCAACAACAGCGUUACAACUGCUGGUAGAUAGCUGAGUUUUGUCUGUGCCGUUCCAGCUGAAAAGAGCUUCCUCUGUCUUCCAUCAGCAGGAAGAGCAGACAGACUGUGAACAAACCUCGUCAUGAACUGGGCAUUCCUCCAGGGCCUCCUCAGUGGGGUGAACAAGUACUCAACUGCAUUCGGCCGAGUGUGGCUCUCUAUCGUCUUCCUCUUCAGGGUCAUGGUGUUUGUGGUGGCGGCGGAGAAGGUCUGGGGCGACGAACAGAAAGACUUCAAAUGCAACACGGCUCAACCCGGCUGCCACAACGUCUGCUACGACCACUUCUUCCCUGUCUCCCAUGUCCGCCUGUGGGCCCUGCAGCUCAUCUUUGUCACCUGCCCGUCCCUCCUGGUGGUGAUGCAUGUAGCCUACAGGGACGACAGGGAACGGAAACACAAGCUCAAGUAUGGCGAAAACUGCCGCCGCCUCUACCAGAACACGGGCAAGAAGCGUGGAGGCCUGUGGUGGACCUAUGUCCUCACUUUGGUCUUCAAAAUCGCCGUGGACGCCACCUUUGUCUACCUCCUGUACCACAUCUAUGAGGGUUACGACUUCCCCUCGCUCAUCAAGUGCGAACAGAAGCCCUGUCCCAACAAGGUGGACUGCUUCAUCGCUCGGCCCACUGAGAAACGAAUCUUCACCAUCUUCAUGGUGGUCACGAGCCUGGCCUGCAUCCUCCUCUCCAUCUUCGAAAUCCUCUACUUGGUUGGCAAACGCUGCCGUGAAUGUUUCACCUCAUUGCAUAAUUCUCGCCAAGUCAUGACCAACACGCUGUCCAGCGGAAGCACCUUGAUGGAGACGAAUACUCUAAAGAGCACCCCUGAAACGCCUGCUCCUUCAUACAGCGUUGCCAUAUCUUGAGAUACUGAGAUAAAAGCAAAGACUUAAUGAAAAGCAAUGCUGUGGGAGAGGAAACAUGCCUCUCCUCCCUCUACAGGAACUUCCUUAAAAACUUGUCAGCACACUUUUGUCUGCCGAACUAAAAUGCAGGGAGUCCUUUUUUCCGUUUUUGUGUCCAUUGUCCGAGAAUUUUAAAAUUCUCGACCACGAGAUGUGUAAUUCAUCUGGAAUGUGCUCACUAUUGUGGUUUUUGGGUCAGAGUGUUUUUUACAGCUGAAGCUCUGCAGCUCUGGCAAAGAAAAAAUCAACUGUGUGUGGUUCAGAGUUAGCCUUCAGCCCAAUUACAUGAGUCACCCUCGGUUUUGGAGUUGGUUCUACAAACACAUGUGGUUCGCUGUCUAAAGUUUUCCCCCUGCUCAGCGCCCAGCCCUGAAAUGUUUAGUUCAAACUCUACUGCCUCGUUUCCCUUUUUCUCUCACUCAUUCUUAUCUGACUCUUUGUGAAUACUGUGCUAUACAUAAUUUAUCAAGAGUUUUACAAAGAUUGUAAUGUUGUGCAUGUUACUGUCCUGACCUGUUUUAAACUGCUUCAUGUAUACAGGCAGAGGAGAGCAAUGAAGUCAAAAUGCAGUGUUGUAAACACAGUUGUUAAUAAUAACAGGAUGUGCAUAUUCCAGAGGUGCAGUGUGGCUGCAUA